AUGGAGGUGCCCAGGAGGCGACUGCCUUCCUUCACGUUGACUCUCCCCAAACCCGCCUCAUCUGCGCUGGCUUCCUUUGGAGGUUUACAGAAAGUCACCAAGAAAGAUUCAGAUGAAGCCUCAGAGAAAACUGAAUCUGGAGAAGAGACAUUCCUCCCAGAGGCUGAGGACUCGGAUGUUUCUCUCGAAGCUCCAGCUGAGACCUCGGGACCUGUAGAUACAAGGUCAAAACUUUCCUCAACGGAUAGCUUCUACGAGGAGACUUUAAUGUCGGAGGAGAGGUUAGCACAGGAUGCUGAAGAGGCCACGAAGAAAUCUGAAGAAGAGGAAGCAGCGGAUAAAGCGAGAGCAGCCCAGAGACAGCUGAUGUCCAUCGAGGAGCUGGUCCAUUCUGAGAGGAAUUAUCUUCGUCUGCUGCAAGUCAGCACAGUGACCAUCAGGAGCAACCUGCAGACACUACAGCCUCCUCUAGCGAACCUGGACAGCAUGUUUCUCUACAUCGAGGAGGUGAUGGACGUGUCCAGUCGACUCCUCAGCUUGUUGGACCAGAAGCAGGUUCAGCCGGGAGAUCCUCAGUUCCUGGAGACGCUCUGUGCUUCGUUCCUCAGCCUGUCUUCAGACAUCGAAGCAGCCUAUAAGGAAUACUUGGCCAACUACAACAAUGUUACUGUGUUGGAAAACAGUUAUAAACAGAAGGAGGACGUCUGGAACGAGAUUGUCAACGUCAUCAAGGCCUCAGCGCCUGAGGUGAAUGCUACCUCUCUGAGUUUCUUCCUGGUGAUGCCGGUGCAGCGGAUCGCCCGCUACCCGCUCCUCCUGCAGACCAUAAAGAAACACACCGACCCGGCUCACCCUGCGUACGCAGUCCUGGAGCACACGGCUCACACCUCCAUCGCCAUCAACUGUCGGAUCAACGAGUACAAACGCUUCAGAGAAGUUGCUGACAAAUACAAGAAGACUGAAACCUUAACCAUCAAGGACAAGAUCAACCGGCUCAACUCCCACAGCAUUGCCAAGAAGACGGCGAGGCUCAGCCAGCAAAUCAAACACGAGACCGGAAUAGUUCCUAAGCUGGUUGAUGAGGAGUUUAACGUCCUGGAAGGUUUCUUCUACGUCCUGGGCCACGGGAUCCUGCAGCUGCUGGAGAAUGUGGAGACAUAUCUGCACCAUCUACAAGGUUUCCUGGCCUGUAAAACGGAGGAGUUUGACUUCGACAUGGACGGAGAGAAGCUUCCUAUCUGCUACAAAGAGAUCACCACAGCGCUCAGACAGUGGAUCCUUCCUACGUUUGAGAAGAGGAUGAGGACGCUGAUUCACAAACCGCUGUGUGCGCUCCGUGACCUCCUGGUGGGCCCGAGGAACCUGAUCAAGAAGAGGCUGGACAAGCUGCUCGACUACGAACUGAUCGAAGCCAAAUCUAAUCUGACCUACGAGGAGCAGGCGGUGGCCAACACCUACAGGACAAUCAACACGUUGCUCCUCAACGAGCUUCCUCAGUUCAACGCUGUAGCUCUGCAGAUGAUCUGGAGCAUGUUGGGGACGUACAGCUGUCUGCACAGAGAUCUCGCCUCAGACAUGGAGCAACUCUUCCAGAGCUUUACACAACAGCUGCCGCACAGCUCCCUCAGCCCUGGUGCAUUCUGGGAGUGGGCAGAGACCGCGGCGUUAGAAGGGGCGAGGAGGCUGGAGACUCUGUGUCGAAGUGUCGAGGAAACACUCAACGCGCCUUUCGUCCAGCCUCUGAGCCCGUCCUCCCAGCGCCGCCUGAAGCAGCUCACAGAUAAACACGGCUCUGGAAAGAUCUACCAGGUGGGGGGAGUUGUUGUGGGAAGCCGUGACCUGGACCUGAACCUCGCCAAAGGGGAACUCGUGGCCAUCAUCAGCGAGAUGGACACACGCGGAGACAAACGCAGAUGGCUGGUGGACGCAGGAGGCAGAAGAGGCUACGCUCCUUCAUCGAAGCUAAUUCGCUAUCACCAGCCAUCAGAGGACCCGCCCCCCUCGCCACACCUGACCUUGCCUGAUGGCGUGAUGGGAAUCAGAAGACACUCCCACACCCCUGAGAGCCGGCCUCUGACGGUCAUGAGCCAGCCUUGCUUCCAGGUGAUGGCCGCCUACGACUUCACGGCCAGAGGAAGCCACGAAGUCUCUCUCCGGGCCGGCGAGUCCGUCCGGGUCCUGGAGGCCCACGACAAGCAAGGGCACCCGGAGUGGAGCCUGGUGGAGGGGAGAGGGGGUCAGAGGGGCUACGUGCCCUCCAACUACCUCACCAUCACGCCCCUGGGGAUGGGACCACCCGGGUCGUACCACUGA